AUGAGGUCCCCGUUUGUAACAGAGGAGACUGCGCUGAAAUGGAAGAGGUAUGUUUUAAAUCCUGCUCUCGUCCUUAACCACAAUCAUCAAAGCUCAAGCCCUUUCCAUUCCUCAACUAAAGAAAAACACCGUGACAAGUUCUCCCUUCGCGGGCAUCACGCUCUCGUCACCGGCGGAAACCAAGGCAUAGGGCUCGCUCUAGCCGCUGGCCUUGCUCGAGCGGGAGCGGACGUCGCAGUCUUUGACAUCUCGCCUCCCUCGACUGAAUUCGAAAGCAUCUCCACCUCCCACGGCAUCCGCACGGCGUAUCGCAUGGUUGACGUCUCGUGUGUCCCCGCCCUGAAACAAGCCUUUGAAGAUACAAUCAUGCCAUUUUGCGGCGACGGCGGUCUGGACAUCUGCAUCACAGCCGCCGGGAUCAAUCAAGUCAAGGACUUCCUCGACACCGAAGAAGCGGACUUUGACAAACUGAUCAACGUCAACGUCAAAGGCGUGUAUUUCACCUGCCAACUAGCCGCACAGGCCAUGGUCAGAUCCAACUCAGCCCCCAGUGAGAUAAAGAAAGUCAUCAGUAAUGGAAGUGAGAACGAGAGCAAAAGGAAAAGCAAAAGCAUUAUCGUGAUAGCCAGCACGGCGUCUUACGUCGCAGCCCGGACGCACAAUUCAAGCAUCUACGCCGCAACCAAAUCCGCCGUCCGGGGAAUGGUAUCUGAAAUAGCCAAGGAACUCGGACGGAGUGGGAUCAGAAUCAACUCGAUCAGUCCCGGGUACACGUUGACCAACAUGACGAGGGGAUAUCCGGACCUUAUAAAGCAGUGGCAAAGCGACACCAUGUUGGGAUUCAUUGGCAUGCCCGAGGACUACGUCGGCGCGUCGCUCUACCUGGCCAGCAACGCAAGCAGAUAUGUGACUGGGCAGGAUAUUUUGAUUGACGGCGGGUCGACGAAGUGGUGA